AUGCAGUUUCAAUGGUCGCAAUUGGUGUUUCUCAUUGCUGGGAGCAGAUCAAUCGCUGCACUUCAGCAACAACACAUUGGCACAGAUGAUCUGAAAGCGAAAUGUUCUGCCUUCUCUGGCGAACUACAGAUCCCGGAUGCGACAGUCUACCUUUCUGAGGUCGUUGCUGCUGGCACCAACCUCAGCUUGCCCGACUACAAUGUCACCUGUGGAAACCCAUACCAAAUCGUCCCGAAGGAAAUAUGUCGCCUUUCUCUAUAUGUAGCCACUUCGAACCGCUCUGGUAUCAAUAUGGAAGCAUGGCUGCCUUUCGAAUGGACUGGGCGAUUCCUGAGCGUUGGAAAUGGUGGUUUGGCCGGAUGCAUUGGCUACAAUGAUAUCGCGUAUGGCUCAAGCCUUGGUUUCGCCUCUGUUGGUGCCAACAAUGGGCAUAAUGGGACGAGUGGAGGUGCUUUUUACAACAAUGCCGAUGUGCUCGAGGACUUUGCGUAUCGCUCGGUCCACACCGGCGUUGUAGUCGGCAAGCAGAUUACGGAGGCCUUUUACGGCUCUUCACAUAAGAAGUCAUACUACCUAGGCUGUUCUACUGGAGGUCGACAAGGGUUCAAGUCGGCGCAAGACUUCCCAGAUGAUUUUGACGGCAUUGUUGCUGGAGCGCCAGCCAUUGCUUUCAAUAACCUCACAUCCUGGAGCGGUCAUUUCUACCCCAUCACCGGACCCGUGAAUUCCUCAACCUUUGUUCCUCAGAAUUUAUGGCCCGUCAUACAUGCCGAUGUGCUUGAGCGAUGCGAUGCGCUUGACAACUUCGUAGACGGCAUUUUGGAGGACGCAUCCCUCUGCAACUACACCGCAUCAAAUCUUUUAUGCGGCAGCAACUCCAACGCAUCAGCAUGUUUGACGGAGGAACAAGUCAACACUGUGAACCAGAUCUACGCCCCACUUUUGGCCUCAGACGGCUCGCUCAUUUACCCUCGCAUGCAGCCUGGCUCGGAGAUCCUUGCCUCCCGCAUCCUUUACGGCGGCGCGGUUUUCCCAUACACCACCGACUGGUUUAGGUACGCCGUCUAUAAUGACAUUAAUUGGGAUCCCACAAAAAUAAACAACACCGAUUACGAGACUGCGGCUCGCACCAAUCCUUUCAACAUCCAGACCUGGGAAGGCGAUCUCAGUGCCGUUCAGAAACGAGGGGCAAAGAUCCUGCACUGGCAUGGACAGAUGGACGCCAUCAUCAGCUCCGACAACUCGCCGCGAUAUUACGAGCAUGUCUCUGAGACUAUGGGGUUGAGUUCCGCCGAUUUGGACGACUUCUAUCGCUAUUUCCGCGUCGGUGGGACGGGACAUUGCAGCGGUGGGGAUGGGGCCUGGGCUAUCGGCCAAAAUCUCAAUGCGUUUGACAGCUUGGCUCCAGGUGAGAAUAUUCUGAUGGCGAUAGUCGACUGGGUGGAGAAUGGAAACGCUCCAGACACUCUGAUUGGAACGAAGUGGAACAACGGUACUCAGUCUGCAGGCGUGGAUUACAAAAGAGCCCAUUGCAAGUAUCCCCUUCGUAAUCGAUUCAAGGGAGAAGGCGAUGCAAAGGAUAUAGAAGCGUGGGAAUGUGUAGAGUAAAUGGC